AUGAAAACGGAACAUAUUUGCAUUACUUCCUCAUGCAACGUGCUCUUUGACGGUUCAAUGGUGGCAGAAACAAGCACUAUCUGGAGGAAGCCACGUACGAAAGCGGUAAGUUAUUAUCUAUUCGAGGGGAGGCAGGACAAGAGCUUUGUCGGUCAUGUGUCUACUGUUGAGAUAAACCCAGAAGAUCUGGAGCGCUUACUGUUGGAUGAGAAUACAACAGUAGAGCAGUUAGCGUCAAUGAAAACGACGCUGGAGCACCUUGUCAAAAAGGUGGACAGCCUCGCAGCUAAGGAAAUGCCACAGGUGCGUACUUCAAGUGAAGUCAUUGCAAUGAGGGUGGCAAGUUUGCGAGAGUGGCCUGCACAGAUGCUGCAGGGGGUUGCAACUAGAACCGCUAAGCAACUAGAGGACCUAGUAAGCUCAAGGAUAAGUGAGGAGUGCAACCUCAUUGAGCAGGAGCUAGGGCGGUUGAAUGAGUUGGAACACGAAGUUUGCGCUGAUAAAAAGGUAGUGUGCGAAACGCUCACGCUAGUGUUACACGCAAAGGCUCUUCAAAGUGAUAUGCUCGGACGAAAAGUUGAGCAAUGUGAAAAGCCUCGUCAGGAUCCGAGACGAGGAAGCGGUGGAGACGCUCCUGCGACAGUCUACGAGCAGCUAAAUGUCAGCGAGUUCGACAAUGUCGAAUAUCAUCUAAACUUCGAUCCUAUCGCUGCUGCUCAAGCCAGGAAAGACGACCGACUUGAGGCCGAAGAUCAAGGGCUCGACCCAAUUCGUCGUCGACGAGGUGUCAAAGCCCAGGAUGAGUUGCUUAACCACUUGCUGCUUUCAAAAUUGGACGGGUACCCAAAGGCAGUGGCUAAGGCACUACCUAAACACAUAAGGGAAGGAAACUUCGACGGCUUAGUCGAUGCAUUGAGGUCGAAGUUUGAGGUAAACAGUUCGUCCAUUCAAAUGAAAGCGUAUAUGGAUUUGAAGCGCUUGAGAAGGUCGGGAGACGUAACAAGGUAUUGUCUGGAACUGGAAAGGCUAACCAGAGAGGCAUACCCUGACGCUUCAGAAGAAGAACUGUCUCGCACCAGGGCAGGAGAGUUGCUCUAUACGACCAUGGAGAUUGCUCCAAAGGAGGCGGCAUAUGAAAUGGUCAAAGCCAUGGCGCAAAGAUGCGAGAGAAGUAGAGAGGUCGCGACAGCAAUAAGAGAAACUUCUACAGGUUAUAAUCAAAGUCGUGAGGAACGCAAAAGACGCAUAGCUGGUCAAAAGUUCAAGCGAGUAACGCAGAAAAUUCUGCGACACAACCAACAGGCGCAGUUGACGGGAGAGAAGCGCGCUCAGAGGAUGAACAGCGGAAACUCUCUAGACUGCCCGCUUCCCAAGAAGUCGAAUGCCAAAGAGAAGUCAGCGAGUGCCAGUAAACAAGCAGGAACGGCGAGAGUAUUCACUGCAUCCCUAAAAAAGUGGAUAUGCGGUGCAGUGGAGGCCAUGGAUAAAAGCGAGCUUGUGGGAGAACAAACAACAACAGAAGUGCAUCUACUUGGGAUGUCAGUAAGAGCUUUGUUGGACACAGGUUCCCAAAUCAGCAUCAUACCACUGCGAAUACUCCAAACAGCUUGGGAAUCAGGCUUUGACUUGGAUGCUGACGUGGAAGAAAUACCACUGGAACAGCAGAAGCAGGUAUUAGAUGCUUCGGGAAGACUAAAAAUGCUCAAGGAGCUAAUCAAGCGACGCUGCAAGUAUCCGACGGAAGGAAGACAAAGUGAGGAGUGCAAUGAAGCACUGGAGAAGCUUGUCAGGCAUUACGCUCAUGCUUUUGCAGUAAGUGAACAAGAGCUCACUCAAACAACGCUAGUGGAACACAGUAUUGAGACCGGUGAUGCAAUGCCCAUUAGGCAGAAAGCCCGUCCGGUGCCACUAGGCACGCGAGUGGAGCUACGACGCAUUCUGAAUGAUUUGCAAGAACGAAAGAUCAUUGAACCAAAAGAGGAGUGCUGGGGAGACGAGCGUAAGGAGGAGGAGUUGCGUAUGAAAAACUCCCAAUUCUUGUCGCCAUACGGGCUGGCGUUAGCGAUGCAAGCCCAUCGACGAAGAUGCCACAUCUACUCGGAAGCCAUUGAAGCCGCGCAGGGGAUGCGUUUCGAGCAUCCGGCUUUGUUUCCAUGGGCCGUGAAGUAUGAUAUCGGUGCCCACAUCACCACCGCAUUGGCAAUGCUGAAACACAUCAGCGUUCCUGGUGCCUCGACCGUGACCCACCAGCGAGUGUUUCUAGGCCUUCGUCGUCUUUUGGAAGAGUCCACACAGAAGUGGACUAUGGAAGCGAGAUGA